UGUCUACCCGUCUCAGACAAUUUUGCCAGACAGCCGCCUAACUUAUCGCGGUUCCAACUUGUCGCCGUCUGAUUCGAGUGUUGCCGUCGUCCUUUGACUCACUCACCACCACACAUCACCGCCCGCCCAGCCAUCCUCUGUCCGACCGACAAUCACCCCGGCUGACUCUAUCCCGUUGCGAUAGCAGGUCCUGUCGCCGUCCUCCAUAUACCCUCCAGAGAGCCCGCCCGUCUUUCUGCGCAUCGCAAUCGCAUCUCGACAUUUGAGAGACUUUGCGACAGCCCACGACCGCCACACACACCGCCCAGUCGCAAACCGCACAUCACACACAAACACAUCAUGACCGACGCCGUAGUAGAUGCCGCUGCCAAGAUGCAGCUGGCCGAUGGCCCCGUCGACCCCAACGCCCCCAAGCUCGUUCUCGACGAGGAGACCGGCGAGAUGGUCUCCAAGGGAGAGCUCAAGAAGCGUCUGGCCAAGCGCGCAAAGAAGGCCAUCAAGGAGAAGAACAAGGACGAGAAGAAGCCCGCUGCCCAGGACGGUGCCGGCCCCAAGAAGCAGACCCCCAAGCCCGAAGAGGCCCCCAUCGACACCCAGGCCAUGUUCAAGCAGGGCUUCCUUAACGACGUCUACAACGAGCGCCCCGUCAAGCCCGUCUUCACCCGUUUCCCUCCCGAGCCCAACGGCUUCCUCCAUAUCGGCCACGCCAAGGCCAUCGCUAUCAACUUCGGCUUUGCCAAAUACCACGGCGGCAACUGCUACCUCCGAUUCGACGACACCAACCCCGAGGCCGAGGAGGAAAUCUACUUCACCGCCAUCGAGGACACCGUCCGCUGGCUCGGCUUCACCCCCUACAAGAUCACCUACUCGUCCGACAACUUCCAGAAGCUGUACGACUUGGCCGAAAAGUUGAUUGGCCUCGACAAGGCCUACGUCUGCCACUGCAACGAUGACGAGAUCAAGCUCCAGCGCGGAGGUGAGAAGGGCGCCAGCCCGCGCUUCCGCUGCAAGCACGCCGAGCAGUCCAUCGAGGAGAACCUCCAGAAGUUCCGCGACAUGCGCGACGGGAAAUACAAGCCCAGGGAAGCUUUCCUCCGCAUGAAGCAGGAUAUCACCGACGGCAACCCCCAGAUGUGGGAUCUCGCCGCUUACAGAGUCCUUGACAAGCCUCACCACAGGACUGGAAGCCAGUGGAAGAUCUACCCCACCUACGACUUCACCCACUGUCUUUGCGAUAGCUUCGAGGAUAUCACCCACUCCCUCUGCACCACCGAGUUCGUUCUCAGCCGUGUCUCGUACGAGUGGCUCAACAAGUCCCUCGGCGUCUACGAGCCCAUGCAGCGUGAGUACGGCCGUCUCAGCUUGUCCGGCACCGUGCUCUCCAAGCGCAAGCUCAAGGAGCUGGUUGACCGCAAGAUCGUCCGCGGCUGGGACGACCCCCGUCUGUACACCCUGAUCGCCGUUCGCCGCAGAGGUGUUCCUCCCGGCGCCAUCCUCGAGUUCGUCAACGAGCUCGGCGUCACCACCUCCAACAGCAUCAUCCAGAUCGUCCGCUUCGAGCAGACCAUCCGCCGCUACCUCGAGCGCACCGUGCCCCGCCUGAUGCUCGUGCUCGACCCCGUCCCCGUCGUGAUCGAGGACGCCGACGAGUUCGACGGUUCCGAGCUCACCGUGCCCUUCUCGUCCAAGAACGCCGCCAUGGGCGACCACAAGAUCAAGUUCACCAAGACCGUCUACAUCGACCGCUCCGACUUCCGCGAGGUCGACAGCAAGGACUACUUCCGUCUCGCCCCCGGCAAGACCGUCGGCCUUCUCCAGGCCCCCUUCCCCAUCAAGGCCACCAGCUUCACCAAGGACGAGACCACCGGCAAGGUCACCGAGAUCCGCGCCGUCUUCGACCGCGAGACCAAGAAGCCCAAGACUUUCAUCCAGUGGGUCGGCACCGAUGGCUCUCGCAAGUGCGAGGUCCGCGUUUACAACCCCCUGUUCAAGUCCGAGAACCCCGCUGCUGCUGAGGGCGGCUGGUUGAGCGACAUCAACCCCGAGAGCGAGGUCGUCUACCCUGAUGCCCUCAUCGAGUCUGGCUUUGAUGAGGUCAAGCGCCGUGCUCCUUGGCCUGAGGCGGCUGGUGAGAGCGAGCUGGGCAAGGGCGGUCCCGAGAGUGUCCGCUUCCAGGCUAUGCGUGUUGCCUACUUUGCUCUUGACAAGGAAAGCACCGAUGAAAAGAUCAUCCUUAACCGUAUUGUCUCGCUCAAGGAGGAUAAGGAGAAGAACUAAGCGUUUGUCAGCAAAGCAAAAAAAUUGUCGAAAAAAAUUAUAGAAUAGAAUGAUGAUGAGUGUAUGAGCAGAUUUCAGUCCGAAGAUAUCAUGUUUUUUGGUUACGGUGUCCAGAUGGAGUAGUGGAGUUAAAAAUGGAAUGAUAUCACAUCUACUUACUUUUCGAUCAACCAUUGUCGUACGUUGAUUUUCACGCCCUUUUUUUUUUUUUUUUUUU